AGCUAUGCAUGCCUAUGCUUUGCACGCCCAGAGUUCUGAAAGGCACUAGGACUGAAAUCCACUGAACCUCUCUUCCUGGAUGGCACAGGCUUUCCAUUCACAUGGAGAGCGGAUCCCUUCUCUGUUUUUCCCUUUUUUCCUCGGCCUUACUACGAAUACACUACCACGGGCACGGUACUCAUAGGCACGGUCGUACAGGCUUCAACCCCGUUCCAAACUUUCCGCUGAAUGCCCCCCAGUUCCCUGCCAAUGUUGGCCUUGGCCCCAUUUGCAAAAGUGAAAAAAGUCUCUCCCAUCUUUAUUCCACAAAGCACGGGGAUUAUAGAUGGUGCAUGUGCUUGAAGAAAGUGGGCGGCGGGCAUACAGAUACGGUACGGUACGGAUACUCCAGUUUCCGUAGGGGAAAAAAGAAAGAAAAAAAAAACGAAACGAGACCGGUGCCCACUGCUUCUAUGAUCUCAAUUUCUUGGGGGAGAAACACAGGGGGAGGGGGAAGGGCCUGGCCCGUCGAAUGGCUACCUGACGUGUUUGGGAGCAAAAGAUUAUGGAGUGUCGUUGAAGACAAAGCCGGCACUAGGUACACAACUCCGUACCGUACACGAGUGGCCCCUCCAUCAGGUUUCACUCGUGUACUUGCGUACAAUUCGGCCAAAACGGCAAAGCACCCCUCCCGCAAAUUCGUCCGAAUACCCAGCAUCUAUCCGGCAUAAGACGUUAUCGUCCCAUCACUCAGGACGAACGGGAAGGAUUCGCGCAAAGGAAACUGCAUU